AGCGAAGACGACUUUUUAGCUAAGUUUUCGCGUUAUCGCUUUUUUUUUAUUUAUUUAUUAAUUGUGUGUGGAAUAGAAAGACACACACGUGCCCAAAAAACUUAGGAAUAAAUUAUUUUUAAGCGUAGACGUAGUCAGAAUACCAAAAAUACGUAAAAAAAUGUACAAACUUUGCGCGAAUAUUAGAAAUUCACAGAAAUUUGUGAGACUUUACCAAACGGGAGAAGCUGGAGUUUACGGAUUUCGACCUCCGGCGAAGAAAUCUCAGUUUGAAGUUCCAGAAAACGUUCUACAAGCCCGAGUCUCAAACAGCAAUCUCUAUCGUUGGGUCGAAGCCUUUCGUUCUCACGGGCAUCAUGCUGCAGCUUUCAAUCCCAUUGACUUCAAAAAGGAUCAACCCGACCUUCCUGAACUCAAACCAUCCCAUUAUGGCUUAAAUUUGAGUGACUUGAUCAACACCGACGGCAUCUUGAGCUGCGAAAAAUCCUCUUUAACCGUUUCUGACCUUGAAAAUGUCCUGAAAUCAAUUUAUUGCGGCAACGUCGGCGCUGAAUUCGCGUACAUUUCCUCCACGGAAGAGCGAGAAUGGCUCUCUGAGAAUUUUGAAACGAGUUUAAACGAAAAAAUCGAGGAUUCAGUGAAACGCGAAAUCGCGGAACUCAUGUUAAAGUCUCAAGCUUGGGAUAAUUUCCUCGCCACGAAAUUUCCGACGGUCAAACGUUACGGCGGCGAAGGCAACGAAAGUUUUUUCGCAUUUUUCCGUGAACUUUUCGCCUGUGCCGCGAACGUAGAGCUUCAAAACGUGGUUCUUGGCAUGCCGCAUCGUGGUCGCUUGAAUCUUUUAACAAUUUUGUUAGGAACUCGACCUGUGAAAAUCUUCCACAAAUAUCGGGGGAACCCAGAAUUUCCGCCCGAGGCAAAGGCAAUGUGCGAUAUCGCCCAACAUUUUCACACAUCCGAGGAUUUGGUGUUCAAUGGCAAGACAAUUCACGUGGCGAUGCCUCACAAUCCGUCGCAUCUGGAAGCUGUGAAUCCCGUUUCCAUGGGAAAAACUCGUUCGAAGCAACAAACCGCUCGUGAUGGCGCUUUUAGUGAUGAUUUGGAGAAAAAUUUCGGGCAUGACGUCUUGAACGUGCAAAUUCAUGGCGACGGAGCAUUUCCAGGGCAGGGAAUCAACCAAGAAUGCUUAUUGAUGUCAGGUACGCCACAUUUCCAGAUCGGCGGAACGAUUCAUUUGGUCGUCAAUAAUCAAGUUGCCUUCACGACGCCCAGCGAUCGCGGAAAAUCGAGCAAAUAUUGCACGGAUUUGGCAAAAACUAUUGAAGCGCCCGUUUUUCACGUCAACGCAGAUGACCCCGAAGCACUUACGAAGGUCACAAAGCUCGCUUUUGACUAUCAACGACGUUUCCGGAAGGAUGUUUUCAUCGAUUUGAACUGUUUCAGGCGUUGGGGACACAACGAGAUGGAUGAUCCGACUUUUACGAACCCCGCGCAGUACGAAGUCAUCCACGCAAGACCCUCAAUUCCGGAUUUUUAUGCGGAAAAAUUGAUUUCUGAAGGAGUUUUAAGCAAAAAAGACGUCGAACAGGUCGUAGAAUCGCACAUGAAGCACUUGAACGACGAAUUAGCGCAAGUAGAAACUUAUCAACCCGACGCUUAUUACUUUAAACGACAAUGGCACGGCUUAAGACAAGCAGGAGAUGAGUUAACUUAUUGGGAUACGGGAUGCGAUUGGAAUGUUUUGAGUUUUGUAGGCAGAAAUUCCGUUCAAACUCCGAAAGAAUUCAAUGUUCAUCCGCAUUUGCUGAAAACUUUUAUCAUGGGUCGCAUGAAAAAAAUUAUCGAAGGCACGAAAAUCGAUUGGGCCACGGCGGAGGCCUUGGCUUUUGGCAGUUUGAUGUAUCAGGGACACAAUGUAAGGCUAAGCGGAGAAGAUGUCGGUAGGGGAACGUUUUCGCAUCGACAUGCGAUGUUAAUUGAUCAAAAGACGAACGAGAUGUACAUUCCGUUGAAUGCGAUGCGAGGCGGGCUGGGAGGAAAACUCGAACUGGCACAUUCGAUUUUGUCGGAGGAAGCAGUGCUCGGGUUCGAAUAUGGGUAUGCGAUAGAUAAUCCGAAUAAUUUGGUGAUUUGGGAGGCGCAGUUUGGGGAUUUUUUUAAUGGGGCGCAGAUUAUUAUUGAUACGUUCAUUGCGACAGGCGAAACAAAAUGGAUGAUCUCGAACGGGCUCGUGAUGCUUCUUCCCCACGGACUCGAUGGCGCCGCUUCUGAACACAGUUCUUGCCGCAUGGAGCGUUUCUUGCAAAUGACAGACUCGAAAGAGACUUCUCCGGAUGGCGACAGUGUCAACAUGCAAGUUGUCUCUCCAACGACUCCCGCGCAAUAUUUCCAUCUGUUACGCCGCCAAAUGAUUCGAGACUUUAGAAAACCUCUCGUCGUUGUCGCUCCAAAAACCCUUUUGAGACUUUCCGAAGCAACGUCGAAUUAUUUGGAAUUUUUGCCGGGCACGCAGUUCAAAAAUGUCCUCGGCGAUCAACUCGCGAAGGAGAAAAACGUGAAAAAAGUCAUUUUUUGUACGGGAAAGCAUUAUUAUAAUUUGAACGAGGAACGAUUGAAGCGCAAAGACGAAUCUGUGGCAAUUGUGCGGGUCGAAAGUUUGUGUCCUUUCCCGUCGCAUGAGAUCCAAGAGGAAAUCAAAAAAUACAAAAAUGCCACAACUUUCAUUUGGAGUCAAGAAGAGCACAGAAAUAGCGGCGCAUGGACUUUUAUUAAACCUCGCUUUGAGAAUUUGUGUGGCAAAAAGAUUCAAUAUACGGGACGAUAUGAGGGCGCAACAACAGCAGUUGGUGUUGGAAAAUGGCAUCGUAAAGAAGCUGAGGAAGUUGUUUCUGCUCCGUUUGACCUUCGAUAGGGACAUUGUUAUGCAUUUUUACAAAUUUUUAAAUAUAAAUUGUUACAAAUUUUAAAA